CUUAAGCGCAUAACAUCAUUGCGAAUCCCCGCAGUAGUGUUAUAGCAGCCGGCCUUGUCCUAUCCAAUCUAUUUUGGCCGCGUUGAAUUGCAUAUUAUUUUCUUUAAAUCAUUUUUGUAUCAAUAUCGUUGCGAUUUUUUUUUCCCGUUUUGCCGUCCUCGCGCGUUCGUCAACACUACCAACAUGAACACCGGCGUUGCGUUGGUCACCGUGGCCGUUCUGUUGGCCACCCUGCAGAGUACCGCCGUCGCCGAAGACUUGUCGGCAGCUGGCUUCGACGACCCGGCGCUGGACGCCCUGGCCGAAGGCAAAGCGCCGGCCAAAGACAAACCCUUGUUGGACGACCGGUCCAAGAGGCAGUUGCCGUCGGUGCAGAGCAAGUUGUUGAACUUCCUCAAACCUUUGCCUGUGGUGGACGUCACCAAAGAAGAGGAAAAGUAUGGCAACAACGGCGACAAGUUCAACAGAUUCGGUCGAGGCAUAAUAGGCAGCGUGGAAACCUUGUCCAGUGUGUUGACUUCGGCCCUUUCGUUUCCGGUUGACACGGCCAAGAAAAUUUCCAGAGGUGCUACGGAAGCGUUGAACAACUUGGGCGGUAGAAUCGUCGGCUUACAACGAUAAACACUAUAAGAACAUAUUGUUAAACACAAGACGAUUAGCAUAUUAUAUUAUACUUUUUUAAUGUGUAAAACAUGUCUCGAUAAUAUUAGAUCGAGCGCUAAAGGUGUUUACGGAAAUGUACAAACUAGUUGAUAGCUAAUAACCAUUUUUUUAUGUGUAGUUUUAAUAUUUUGUACAUAACAUAAUGAUAUUAAUAAUAAUAAAAUAUUAAAGUAUGUUCGA